GAACUGUGUCAGCCGGACCGCCCGCGGUCCGACGGUGGCCGAGCGAGCUUCUCACUUCAGUCGGGCCGGGCAGACGACGCGGAGACGGCCGUACGCCGCGUGCCCUGGUGUGGUCGCCGAGUGGUGCUCGCUGAGACAGCGACAGCCAGAGGUCCCCGACCUUUGGAGCCGUGUCCUGUGGAUGGACUCAGGAGUGUCGAGUGAGCAACGCGUGGAUACCGCUAUUCAGAGGGGACUGUGCGAACUGGACCGAGCGCCGGUGCUGGUUUUCACGCUAUAUCGGUGAGCCGAGCCUCUUGUCUCGCUCUGAGGCAGGCCGAGCCAGUGAGACACCGAGUCCGAGGCACUGAGACACCGAGUCCGAGGCACUCGGCGUCCCCGGAGUGUCAGUCGAGUGCUAGCCCUUCCCGACAGAAGGGGACGGUUUUCGGCGAGCCGCCGGAAGCUUGGACACCAGGUCGGCGAGAUGCCGUCUUACAGGUUACCGGUGUGGGCGGCGGCCGCGGCGGUACUGCUGGUUCUGCCGCCGGCCGCCAGGUGUCAGCACCCGGAGGUGGCUGCAGGCGGAGCGCCACCUGUCUCAGGAGCGGAGAGCCGGUCCCGGGAGGGCGCUGCGGCCGGGCGGCGGGAGAUGGCCGGAGCAGCCGACUACGAGUCGCUGCUGUCGGAGGCCGCCGCCGCCUGGCUGCAGCAGCAGCACGAAGAGCAGGAGGAGCCUGAGGUCCCCGGCCUGCCGUCCUCACUGCGCUCCCCGGCCAGUGGAGGCGGCAGCGGCGGUGGCGGGGGUCUGCUGCAGCAGCUGCUGCGGCCGGCGGCCGGCGGCAAACAGGGCGACCUCGGCUCCCUGCUCGGCAGCCUGCUCUCCUCCCAGACGGGCGGCGGCGGCGGCGGCGGCGGGCUGGCCGCCCUCCUCACCACCACCACCGCGCGGCCCACGCGCAUCUUCGACAAGUACGUCAUCCGCGACGGCAACCCGUUCGCCACGCAGCGGCCCAAGACGCCGGCCGACGGCGUGACGCCCAACCCGCUCUCCUCUGUCACCUCGAAGACCACCGAGGCCGACGAGGCCGACAAGUUUGACGCCGGCUUCCAGAUCUUCAGCCAGAUCUUCUCGGGCAAUAACGCCGUGGACGGCGGCGCGGCGGACAGUUUCGCGGACGCGCCGGCGCUGCAGCUGACCACGACCAGCACGACGCGCGCCACGCCGCCGCCGCCGCCGCCGACGGCCCGGCCCGCGCCGGCGGCGCCGGCCGGCUGGCCGUUCUACACCACGCCGCGACCGGAGCCGGCCGUGACCUCCCACCAGCCGCCGCCACCGCCUCCUCCACAGCAGCCGCCGCAGCAGCCGCCGCACCACCAACCGCAGCAGCCGCCGCACCACCAGCCACCGCAGCACAACUUCAACGGCUUCAACAACGGGCUGGACAAGCAGGACUUUUUCCGUCCGUCUCCGCCGACGCGGGCCCCGCGGCCGCCGGGCGUGCCGUUCUACUAUAACCCGGACGCGCCGCCGGGCGGUCCUCCGCCGGCGUCCGCCGAGCCCGAGCCGCAGAUCCAGCUGGGCGUGCUGCUCUCCUCGGUCACGCAGCUGGUGCGCAGCGACGGGCCCUCCAUGAUCGCCGCACUGGGCGACGCCUACACGUACAUCCAGGAGGGCAACGUGCUGGGCCUGCUGCAGGGCGUGGUGCCCGUGUUCAGCCGCGCCACGCCCGUCAUCAUGAACAUGCUGAGCUCGGUGGCGCCUGUGGUGGAGAAGUCGGACCUGUACGGACCGCCGAUCCCCGGCUCGCCGGGCCUGGGCGGCCUGUUCGGCUCCUUCUCGGGCCUGUUCGGCGGCGGCCGGCGGCGGCCGCAGCGCCGCCAGCCGCUGGUGCGCAACACACCGCCCGGCUACUCGCAGCCCUUCUACAUGGGCCAGGUGAUCGGCUCCGGGCUCAAACUGAUCACCUACCUCAUCAACCACGGCACGACGGUGGUGCGCGCCCGCGAGCCCAGCGACUUCACCUGGCUGCGCGACGCGCUGCAGCCGGAGAACGUGGCGUUUGUGAGGGACUGGCUGCUGCGCGCCACCUCCGGACAGUCGUGAGGGCGCCGCAGUCACAGCUGCCACGGGUCCGGGCGCUCACAGCGAGCUCACGGGAUCGGUGAGCUGCCCGCUGUGGUGAGAUCUCUGUGAGACGGUGACCGCUCUGCUCACAGCGGUGAGAGUCUGGGCUGGGCGAGCGGACCGGGUGAGGAGAGGCCGCCAAAGUGAACACGCGCGCCCUCCAGCUCUCCCCGGGGUCCUGCCGACCGCCGGCGGCUCUCUGCCUGAUCAGUGAGUCCGUGCUGUCCGUGCUGUCAGGACAGUGGCAUCACGAACCGACUGAGAGAGCCGGCCUCAACCACAGCUGGUCUGCUCAUCCGAGGUGAACUCGACUAUACGGACUGACGAACUGGGCUCGUGUGUCGAUGCCACGUGCGAAGCGGAGUGCGCUUGGCCCGCGAACUCGGAACGAGCAGACCCGUGCUCCGGUGUGACCGGCGCCGCUCAGGAGGCCCCGGGUGUUGUUUGAGACACUGACCUGACCACAGAGACAAGGCCAGUGACUGGUAUUGAAGAACGUAUCGGACGAGGAAUCUCUUUUGUCUCCGACUGUCUCUUGAAGUUUUGUACUCAGCUCAGAGACAGAGCAUGGGAUUACGUGUGCGUAUAGUUAUUUAUGAAGGGAUUCUUGGUGUAUAUUUAUUCAUGUAUGUAGGCAUGACGCCUAAAUACAGAUGGAACUUCAGGCGCAGCCAAUGAAAGUAGCUGAAUGGGUGCCAUUUACUCGGUAAAAUGGCAGUGCUGGUAAGGUGAAUGCAUGCUCCGCUCACAUGUAAGACACAGCUCUGCCUGUGUCGACAUUUGUCACUUCAGAGACGCCGUCUCGCACCGCACAGCACGACUUCGUAUCGACGUUGUUAUUUGUUACGGAAUUGUUGUCUGUUAUCGUUGUUGUUGGAUAGCUGUUACGUGGUUUGCUACGGUACUCAGACAUACAGCAAAGCCGGGCACAUGCUGUAGGGAAGCUGCAAGUGUAAAGCAUUAAUGUAUAGGUACCCAGCAAUGAGCUGAGUGAAUGAAUGAAUGAAUGAAUGAAUGGAUUGAUGGAUGGACGAAAGAGUUUAGGAACAGAUUCACGAUUAGCGAAGUUCUGAGUGGGAGCUUGUGGCGCCCACUCCGUCGUCGUUUUAGGGAGGAGCCUUUGUAGGCAUGCCGUAUUUAUAACGCCGAGCUAUUUAUUUAUGCCAGUGUGUGGAGAUGUUACGUGCAACCGAUGACUGUGGUAGCGACAGACCUGUCACCGACUGAGACGGACAGACUGGUGAUACAGUGACGACACGUGACAUUCUGAUCACUGAUGACUGUAUAUGUGUAUGUGUAUCAUGGGUGAACUGGCAAUAAAGGGACCAACCUGGUGA